ACACGACAACGCACCGUCUUUCUCCCUCUUUGUCUUUCUCGUUCUCUCCGUCGGACAAUAGCGCCUCGAGAGAGCAAGAACCUCGUGACAGUGUCUUCGUGAAGAGUAACUCCGCCGGACUCCGCGUAGAUGACUGUAUAAGUUCGCGUCUUCCCGCGAAGAGAUCGUUUUUCCGUAGGCAAUCGCCGAGAAGACGCAACACGCCUCUAGAAGAUUAAGUAGAGCACCCUGACCACACACGUGUAGCCGUGUACACCACUCAGCGACCCGACGCACAUCAUAACCCGAAGAUCACCGCCCGAAGAUGAGUUAUCCCGUGAUUGUAAUAGUAUUUACCGUACAUGUCCGACACGCGCUCGGCCCCGGCUCGUACAGACCGGGCGCCGUAGAUGUUAAUAAAAUUGUAGGCGCUGUUUAACACUUCGUGCCUAUGUCCGAAUAUAUUACAGACCGAGUAUGCAACAGUACGCCAGAUACCGAUAUAGAAUAGAGAUUACAAGCCGCACGUGUUAUCUAUAGUAGCAGUGGAAGAUACAAAAAAGCAAGUGAGAUACAAAUAAAGCUCUGCAUAAUCAGUAUCACAACGAGACACCGUGGUCGUUCGUUGCAUUCACAAUGCCUGACAAUCUUCGCCAACCACCGACGCACUCCCUCCCGUCCUUCCGAGUGGAGGGUGCGCAACCGCCGUCUUCCACACUGAAGAAUCAUUUUUUUCAAAGAGCGAUAAUAUAACGAUCUCCUUUUUCGAACGUUUAUUCAUCUAUUACUCGAGUCUGUGUAAAUAGCUUUGUCGAGGAAAUUCGAGCAGUAUUUUUUUAUGCAUUUAAAAGUCUUUAUUCUCCUGCCGCGAUAAUGUACCAAUAUAUCAUUCCCAAUCUUCUAUCUCGGCGCCGUCCGAUGCCGGGAACCGUAUCGUCUCUUCCGUAUCGCUACUACGUACGACAGCUGCAAGUUCCGGGUGUUUCUGAAGCCGCUGCUGCCGCCGCCGUUGCCGCCGCCGGCGCCGCUGCCACCCGCUGCCGUUGUGGGCGUAGCCACCGCUAUCGCCGCCGCUACCGUCACCGCCACCGACCUCACCUCGAAUUCGACUCACUUCAAGAGCGAACCGAAGCUACCCGCCGCCGUGCCGCCGUAUCCGACGGCGCCACCGGUGUCUAUGAUGCAGGGCUCAUCCAGCUGGAAGCCGCAGACCGACAAGCCCUAUAUGUGUUCCAAGUGUGGCAAGGGCCUGUCCCACAUCUUCACCCUGAACCGCCACCGCAAGACCGUCUGCGGCAAGGUGCGCAGCACCAGCGGCAAGUGGAAGUGCGAGCACUGCGCCCGAUCGUACAAGACCGAAGGCAACUUGUCGCGCCACACCAGAUACGAGUGCGGCGUGCCGCGGCAGUUCUACUGCGUCUUCUGCAAACGCGCCUUCACCCAGCGUUGCAGCCUGAGCAGACACCUGAAGAAGUUCCAUCACCAGAGCUCCGACAGCCUGGUGAUACAGAGGGAAUUCGACUGCAGGGGCUCAGUUAGCAGCAUCGACUCCGACUCCGCUUACCGCUCGUCGGAAUCGGGCCCCUCGUCCAUCUAAAGGCUCGGUCGCGCAGACGCGACCUGCGCCCACGCGGCUCUUCUCGCCGCGACAGCGAAGAUGUUUUUGUUUUCUCCGUGUGAUAAGUGUGUGGUGUGCACGCAAGAAACAACCAUGUUGAUCCUUGUCGGCUCGCGGAACCCGGCCGCGAGGUUCGCCAGCGAGUGGCCAGCAGCCACCCGAGAACGUGGUGUCUUUGUCUUGUUCCAAGUGGAAGUAGACACAAGAUGUUGCCAGCAGACAGCGACUGUCGCUGGGAUUGUCCGACGAGAACUAUUGACUUUACAGUCGUACGACGUCAGUCUCUCUUGGAAACCUUCGAAUAAGAGUUUGGCCGUAAGUGCGGUUUUGGCGAAAUCCUUCGAGAGAGAAAGAUACACAUUCGCUAUCUCUCUCUUUAGUGUGCCCUUUUCUGACGCGUUCACGCAUGCGCUACAGAGGUUGAAGAUUUUUUAGAUUUCAUUCUUUUGCAGCGUUUAUUUCUUAGUUGUGUUGCUUAGAUACAAGGUGUGUCAAUGGUAGUAAGGUCAGUGCGAUUCAAAUAUGAACGGGAGUUGACAAAAAUUGCCGGACCAAUCAGAACUGGCGCUCUUAUGACCAGACUUUUAUUAAAGGGUAUCUAGUUCCUUUCUGUGCUCAACAAGUUUUACUUCAAUUGACGGAGAUGGACAGUGCCCGGUUCUUUUCCGAUUUAAUUGGUCCAUUUGAAUUGCCUUAUUCAAGACAUCAUGCUUGUCCGCUGAAGAAACUGAAGACACCUUCACCGCGUUCUCCGGCCGGCCGUCGCUCGCAUCCUCCAGCCUGGUUCCCAGCAAACUGAUCGAAGAGAAGAGAAAGACGUAAAACGACGAGCUGUCAUGGUAGUCAACGCUCCCACAACAGAAUGAGCUUCAUCGGUUCCUGCCAAAGGAUCCGCUUUGAGAAGAGAGGGAGAGUUUCUCGUGAGAGAGAGGGGAGAGACGUUUGGGGUGCGCGAGUGCGCGAGUGCGCCAAGAAUCGUGAGGAGCUUCGAGUACCCGUGAGAGAGACUCUCUCUCUUUCUCUCGAGUUCCCGUAGAGUCUAAAAAAGAAAAAAAAAGCGUGAAUCAAUCAUCGUUGAGAGAACUGAUCGGACGACCGAGAAGAAAGAGAGAUCGGGAGAAGACGGUUCUACUUCAGAUUAUAAGCAAUAGUUCCUUUGGGAGAAAGAAGGAAGUCUAUCGACAAGAUAAGCCUUAAGAUCGAUUAGGAAUUGAAUUUUGCGCUGUUUGUCGGAGAACAGCGAGAUCUCUGGACAGUUAUAGAGAGUUGUACGAAGAGGUUCCUCAUGAAGAAAGUUCUGUUACAUAAGCGUCCCGUGUCCUAUCGAUAGAAGAAUCCGUCUCGAGGCGUCCCGCGACCGAUUUCGAGCGUGUUAGUUUUUAAGCAGAGCCGACGUCGCGCGAAAAUGCUCUCGAGCUCUCAAAGAUUAUCAUAGGCAGGCACAAGAGUUCAGAGAAAUGGUUUCGAAAGGGGACGGAAACACGACUCGUUCGUACUUUUCGCCCCGGCUGAACGAUCAUGUGUGGCUGAUUUCUUUUUUCUCUUUUAUUUUGUCCACCGCAGAGGACAAACAGUGAAUAUGCAAAGUCCCGAGAGGAAAACACAGGCAAAAUUCGCAGCAGCUGUUCGAGAAGAAAGCGGUUCGUUUUACGGAGGAAACUUUGAACACGAGUCCAUGUCGUUGUGUCAUCCGCAAAAGCGCAUCAUUUGUAUUUUAGAUGUAUAACGCGAUGAUGCAUGUCCACCGGCGAACGAACGGCUACUUGUUCAAUCCUCAAGAUGAAGGCACGAAGGAUCGAAGUAGUUCUCCUUCAAAUAUCACCCGAUUUCACUAGCAAUAGCUAGAAACGCAAUUUGAUGGAUGUCGCGCGAACGUGGGGAAAUUUCAUUCCUCGUUGAGCCGGUCGGGUAACAAUCGGAAUUACACGCUGACGAGCCCGAAGACGAGUCGCGUCUUCGGGUCCCGGAGAUACGGCACGAUUUAUCGCGAACUGAACUUUUGGCGAUCGCAUUAGAAUACAAUUCGUUGUGUGGCGAUAUGCAACGUACAUCUUAAAAGCAAAAGGGAUGAGACUGCUCGUCUGAGCGUUACAACUUUCGUAAAAGCUGAAAGCUGAGAAAAGGAAGGAUGUGAGACAGGGGGAAAAUGUGCCGACGAGAGAGACGAGAGAGACGAGAGAGAGAGAGAGA